CAAACCGCUGAAUAAAUAGAACUGGAGCCCAUCUAUUUUGGGAGGGUGGGCGAUGGGGACGGACCAACCUGGAGAGUCUAGUCUUUGGGGAGGGUCUUGGAUUUUUGGAAGCUGAAUACUAUUUGCUAGCAGGAGAAGGCUGGGGAAUGCUUGGAGACCCAGCAGUGGGGUCUUAGCCCAGCCCUCUGACGGUGGGACUUUAGGAGGAGAGAGAGAGGUUUGCAUUUUGAUUAAAGCCCUCAUACCUUCUUCAGUCUGCAGGCAGGGGACUGGGGAGUAACACAUCUCAGCUGGGCAAAGGAGAAGAAAGGCCACCCCAAGCCCCCCUCCCCCUGUCAGACUUUGGGUCUCUUCCUCCUUAUGGCUGUAUAGUGAUCACCUCCUGGGCUUUGGAAGGAGUUGGUGCUGUAGAUUGAAUCCUGAGUUUCCUAAUCAUCAGGGGGGCUCCCAGUUUUUUGGAGUUGGAGAUGGAGAGGUGGAACACAAGGUGGAAAACGAAAAGGAGGUUGUGGGAUUCAACCCUUAGCUCCCUCAUUCUCAUCACUUUGACUUUCCUUCUCCAAGCUACAGAAGUCAGAGGAGCUGGACCAGUUGAUGUACUCAGAGCAUUAGAAUUUCACAGUACACCAGAAGGUGUGACAAGAACAGCAGGAUUUUGCACAAACAGGAAGUCAUCCAAAGGAUCAGACACAGCAUACAGAGUUCAGAAACAUGCCCAGCUUAGUGCCCCAAUGAACCAAUUAUUUUCAGGGCGAGUAUUCCCAAAGGAUUUCUCCAUUCUGCUGACAGUUAAGCCCAAGAAGGGCCUGCAGACGUUUAUCCUAUCAAUAUACAAUCAGAAAGGUGUUCAGCAGCUAGGAGUAGAGGUUGGCAGGUCCCCCGUCUUCCUUUAUGAAGAUCAGCAUGGAAAACCUGCCCCAGAGGAUUACCCUAUUUUCAGCACUGUCAAUGUUGCAGAUGGAAAGUGGCACCGGAUUGCAAUCAGUGUGGAAAAAAACACGGUCACAAUGAUUGUGGACUGCAAAAAAAAGAUUACUAAGGCCCUUCCAAGAAGUGAUAGACCUAUUCUGGAUACCAAUGGCAUCGCGGUGUUUGGCACUCGCAUCCUGGACGAAGAGGUGUUUGAGGGUGAUAUCCAGCAGCUACUUAUAGUAGAUGACCCCAAGGCUGCGUACGAUUACUGUGAACAUUACAUGACGGACUGUGACACGCCAGCACCCAACAGGCCCCAAGCUCAGGAUCCACAAGUGGAUGAGUAUGCACCUGAAGAGCUAAUCGAAUAUGACUAUGAUUAUGGGGGAACAGAUUACAAGGAGCCUGAUUAUGUAACAGAGGCACCCUCAAUAACUGAAGAAUUUGUAGCUCAGACUGAGAAGAAGAAAGCCAGUUCCAAAGCGAAGAAGAAGCCAGUGCCCCUUAAAUCAAAGAACAAACCCCAAAAGGUCACGCCCAAAAAAUCAUUUGCAGCUAAGAAGAAGAAGGGCAAGACCGUUUACCAGGCAUCAACAAGAAAAAGAAUAGGGGCCAAUGUGGUUGACUACAUUCCUGAACAAUAUGGUGAAGUAGACUAUGGUUACCAGACAGAUACACCUUCUCGUACCACUGGACCCAAUGAGAAAUACCCUGAGGAGUCAUUUGUGGAGGAGACUGUUGUGGAGGAGGAGGAACCUUUUCUGGAGGAGUACAUAACUGGAGAUGAUUAUGACUCAGACAAAAAGCUGGUUGAGGAAACAGAAUAUGGGGUGAAAGCUGUAGACCCUACACAGUCUGAGCCGGUGGUGGGAGGAGAUUUAGGAAAAGAUGAUUUAUAUGAUUAUACAGAUUAUGAAGACAAACCAACAAACCCUACAGCAGAGGAAUUUGGACCUGGGGUACCAGCCGAGACAGAUGUCUCAGAGACCACCGUGAAUAAUUACGGUGGAUAUGGAGAGAAGGGUCAGAAAGGAGAACCAGCAGUUAUUGAACCGGGAAUGCUGAUUGAAGGACCCCCAGGAUUGGAAGGACCCGCAGGUCUUACUGGUCCUCCUGGUUUGCAAGGACAAUCCGGCCCAUCUGGAGACCCCGGUGAGAGAGGCCCACCAGGACGUUCUGGAUUGCCCGGUGCGGAUGGGUUACCUGGACCUCCUGGCACCAUGCUAAUGUUACCAUUCCGGUAUACAGGUGAUGGAGAGAAAGGACCACCUAUCUCAGCUCAGGAGGCUCAAGCACAGGCCAUCCUUCAGCAAGCUCGUAUUGCCAUGAGGGGUCCCCCAGGUCCAAUGGGUCUUACUGGAAGGUCGGGUCCAGUGGGGUCACCAGGAUCUACAGGAAUUAAAGGGGAGUCUGGAGAUCCAGGACCUCAGGGUCCUAGAGGAAUCCAGGGGUCACCUGGGCCAAUGGGAAAAGCUGGCAAAAGGGGCCGCUCUGGAGCCGAUGGAUCCCGCGGAAUGCCUGGAGAACCUGGGUCCAAGGGUGACAGAGGAUUUGAUGGCCUUCCAGGUCUCCCCGGGGAGAAGGGGCACAGGGGUGAUAGAGGUCCCUCUGGCCCACCUGGGCCUCCCGGUGAAGAUGGAGAAAGGGGAGAAGAUGGAGAGGUUGGACCUAGAGGGCUGCCCGGUGAACCUGGUGAACGAGGAUUGCUGGGGCCAAGAGGUUCUCCUGGUCCUCCAGGACAACAUGGUGUUGCUGGUGUGGAUGGGCCCCCAGGACCCAAAGGCAACUUGGGUCCUCAAGGUGAACCUGGCCCAUCAGGUCAACAAGGAAUUCCAGGACCACAAGGUCUUCCCGGCCCACAAGGCCCCAUCGGUCCCCCUGGCGAGAAGGGUCCACACGGAAAGCCUGGUCUGCCUGGAUUACCUGGAUCUGAUGGACCACCAGGGCACCCUGGUAAAGAAGGACAAUCUGGAGAAAAAGGAGCAUCAGGUCCCACUGGUCCCCAAGGCCCUAUUGGUUAUCCUGGACCUCGUGGUGUUAAGGGAGCUGACGGUGUUCGGGGUUUGAAGGGAGGAAAAGGAGAAAAGGGAGAAGAUGGAUUCCCAGGAUUUAAGGGUGACAUGGGAUUAAAAGGAGACAGGGGGGAAUUUGGACCAUUAGGUCCAAGAGGAGAAGACGGUCCUGAAGGUCCAAAGGGUAGAGCUGGUCCAUCAGGAGAUUCUGGUCCCUCUGGUCUAGCAGGAGAAAAGGGCAAGCUUGGUGUCCCAGGAUUGCCCGGAUACCCAGGCCGACAGGGUCCAAAGGGAUCUACAGGUUUCCCUGGAUUUGCAGGAACCAAUGGCGAGAAAGGAGCUCGGGGUGUUGCUGGCAAACCAGGUCCAAGGGGACAACGAGGUCCAACGGGUCCACGGGGCGCUAGAGGUCCAAGAGGUCCUACUGGAAAACCAGGUCCUAAGGGCACAGCAGGAAACGAUGGUCCUCCUGGCCCACCUGGUGAAAGAGGACCUCAAGGACCACAGGGCCCAGUUGGAUUCCCAGGACCAAAGGGCCCCCCUGGGCCUCCUGGAAAGGAUGGGUUGCCCGGCCACCCUGGACAGCGUGGUGAGACUGGUUUCCAAGGCAAAACUGGACCCCCAGGUCCUGGAGGUGUUGUAGGUCCACAGGGUCCAACUGGAGAAACUGGUCCCAUCGGGGAAAGAGGUCAUCCUGGGCCACCUGGGCCACCAGGCGAGCAAGGAUUACCAGGUGCUGCUGGGAAAGAGGGUGCAAAGGGAGACCCAGGUCCUCAAGGAGUUUCUGGAAAAGAUGGUCCACCAGGUCUGCGCGGAUUUCCGGGAGAGAGAGGUCUUCCUGGCGCUCAGGGUGCUGCAGGCUUGAAAGGUGGAGAAGGACCACAGGGGCCUUCAGGUCCUGUUGGCUCUGCUGGAGAAAGAGGAGCAGCAGGCACAGCUGGGCCAAUUGGUCUUCCUGGAAGACCUGGUCCUCAAGGCCCACCAGGACCAGCAGGAGAGAAAGGAGCACCAGGAGAGAAAGGACCUCAGGGACCAGCUGGACGAGAUGGAAUACAAGGACCUGUAGGACUUCCGGGACCUGCUGGACCUCAAGGACCACCUGGUGAAGAUGGUGACAAGGGUGAAAUAGGAGAGCCUGGUCAGAAAGGAGGAAAAGCAGAUAAAGGAGAACAGGGUCCCCCAGGACCAGCUGGUCUGCAAGGACCAGUUGGAGCUCCAGGUCCAGCUGGAUCAGAUGGAGAACCAGGUCCAAGAGGUCAGCAGGGAAUGUUUGGGCAGAAAGGAGAUGAAGGCGCUCGUGGUUUCCCAGGUCCACCUGGUCCAAUUGGUCUCCAAGGUCUUCCUGGGCCCCCAGGUGAAAAGGGAGAAAAUGGUGAUGUUGGACCAAUGGGUCCACCUGGUCCACCUGGUCCUAGAGGUCCUCAAGGCCCCAAUGGAGCAGAUGGUCCACAAGGUCCUCCUGGGUCUAUUGGAUCUAUUGGUGGAGUUGGUGAGAAGGGUGAGCCCGGUGAGGCUGGAAACCCAGGUCCCCCUGGAGAAGCUGGUGUUGGAGGACCUAAAGGCGAAAGAGGAGAAAAGGGAGAAGCUGGACCUCCAGGAGCAGCAGGCCCAGCUGGUCCCAAAGGGCCGCCAGGAGAUGAUGGUCCAAAAGGAAAUCCCGGACCCGUUGGAUUCCCAGGAGAUCCUGGUCCUCCCGGAGAACCUGGUCCAAGUGGUCAAGAUGGUGUCUCUGGCGAUAAAGGUGAAGAUGGUGAACCAGGCCAGACUGGACCUCCCGGUCCAUCUGGAGAAGCUGGACCACCAGGUCCUCCUGGCAAGAGAGGUCCUCCUGGAGCUCAAGGUGCAGAAGGAAGGCAGGGAGAGAAAGGUGCCAAGGGUGAAUCUGGAUCAGAAGGACCUCCUGGAAAGACAGGGCCUGUAGGUGCUCAAGGUCUAGCAGGAAAGCCAGGACCUGAAGGUUUGAGAGGAAUUCCAGGGCCUGUGGGUGAACAGGGUCUUCCAGGUGCUUCCGGACAGGAUGGACCUCCAGGACCUAUGGGUCCACCUGGACUUCCAGGCCUGAAAGGUGAUCCUGGUACUAAGGGUGAGAAGGGACAUCCUGGAUUAAUUGGUCUAAUUGGUCCCCCUGGCGAGCAAGGUGAAAAGGGAGACAGAGGACUUCCAGGUCUACAAGGAUCACCUGGACCAAAGGGUGAUGGGGGUAUUACAGGUCCUGCUGGUCCUAAUGGUCCUCCUGGUUCUCCUGGUUUACCCGGUACUCAAGGUCCUAAAGGUUCAAAGGGAUCAAGUGGUCCCUCAGGUCAGAAGGGAGAUGGCGGUAAUCCUGGGCCUCCUGGUCCACCAGGUCCACCUGGAGAAGUCAUCCAACCACUGCCUAUCCAUUCGCCAAAGAAGACCCGAAGAUCAUCAGAUUCUAUGAUGGCAGAUCUUGGAGAAAACAUCUUGGAUUAUGAUGGAAUGGAGGAGAUCUUUGGCUCCCUCAACUCUUUGAAACAGGACAUAGAACGUAUGAAGUAUCCAGAGGGAUCCCAGAACAAUCCUGCUAGAACAUGCAAAGAUCUCCAACUCUCCCAUCCUGAGUUCCCUGAUGGGGAAUAUUGGAUCGAUCCAAACCAAGGCUGCUCUGGAGACUCAUUCAAAGUGUUCUGCAACUUCACUGCCGGAGGGGAAACCUGUAUCUAUGCAGACAAGAAAUCAGAGGGAGUACGAAUUUCAUCAUGGCCAAAAGAAAACCCUGGCUCCUGGUUCAGUGAGUUCAAAAGAGGAAAGCUGCUUUCCUAUGUGGAUAUUGAGGGUAACUUCAUUAACCAAGUUCAAAUGACCUUCCUGAGACUCCUCAGUGCCUCUGCGCGACAGAACUUUACAUACAGUUGCCACCAGUCAGUAGCCUGGCAUGACGCAGUCAGCAACAACUAUGACAAGGCUCUGAGGUUCCUGGGAUCAAACGAUGAGGAAAUAUCUUACGACAACAGUCCCUUUAUUACAGCGCUGCAUGAUGGAUGUGCGUUGAGGAAAGGAUAUGCACGAACAGUCCUUGAAAUCAACACCCUGAAGAUAGAUCAACUGCCUAUAGCAGAUGUUAUGAUAAGUGACUUUGGGGACCAGAAUCAAAAGUUUGGAUUUGAGGUCGGGCCGGCCUGCUUCUUAGGUUGAGGCUGGACAUGCAGAUUAAUAAAUAAAAGUGUAAAAAAAAAUUCCUAAAAAAAGCAUCAGGCUUUGGAAACCACCAGAGACGUGUUCGCCACAUGCAAGUUUUGAAUAUGGAUUGUGCAGAGGGGAAGAAAACCUAAAUAAAUAAAGAAAACAUAAAAAGUUCACGCCAUAUGAGUUACUUAGAAAUUGGCAGCCAUCCUCAUCCGUGGCAGAAUCACAUGACUUAAACAGAAAGCAUUUGCAAAAAAUAUGAAGGACUUAGAUGCAAUAUUGUAGGGAUCGCAAUGUCAUCUUCUCAGUGAAACUUUUGGUGCUGGAGAAUACCCAAAACAGGCUUCGUCCAUCAUAGGUGCUAUUGAUUUCUUGUAAAUGGGUCUACCAAAUGCUAUAUACAUGUAACUACUUUGCGUACUUAUUAUAAGGCUUGCAUGUCCUUUUCCAAAACUUGCAUGUGACUCUGGGUUGAGCUGUAAAACUAAGAGCAAAGAAAGACACACGGAAAGGUUCCCCGAUGUCUAAAACGGAUACAGUGCCUGUAUUGUGCAAAAUAACGUGUAAUUCCAGUGGACUCCAACCCUUCUUUAUGCCUCAAAAUAAAAUCCCUUUGUAUAUAUUGAUGUGGACGACUUCUCUUAUUUGCUGUUGCUGAAACUAUAUAUAUAUAUAUAUAUAUAUAUAUAUAUAUAUAUAGUCUCUCUCUCUCUCUCUCUCUCUCUCUCUCUAUAUAUAUAUAUAUAUAUAUAUAUAUAUAUAUAUAAAUAAAGCCUCAGGUUGCCGAGCUGGAAGACAAGACUGAUCAUAUCAUCUAAAUUUGCCUAUCUUUGUGCCGCAUUUCUCUUUUGCAAAAUUAAACCAUUUUGGUGCAAUAUUUGAUGGUGCUAAUACCUCAUUCCAGGAUGUUGUGACAUGCAUGUAUAUACCUAAAAUAAAUUUUUUAUUAUUAUUUGUGGUCGGGGGAAAUAUGUAUUAAAAUAAAUAUUUCUGUAUAAGAUAUUUGUCAAUGUUUUGUGAAGUCAUCAUAUAUGUAUCAUCGAGGUUUGUGCAUCUUCCAUCACUUAAUAUUAAAACUGGACUCAAAACAAUAAUUUAAUGUAUUUGUUGAGUGUUCGAAAUUACCUAUAAUAGCAGACAGCAUAUAUGUUCAUGUGUGAUGACUGCAAUUAUACCAUAGCUAUUCAAAACAAACACAGUAAUAUAUUGGACAGCGCUAAGUUAUUCAGUCCGUGAAUAGCUAUUAUAUAUUUAUGUACACAAAAAUGUCAAGGUCAUGUGAUUCUACCUGGUUGCAUAGCAACAUAGGAGGGGCUGCUAAUUACUCAUGUUAAUUUGGAAUCCAAAUUUGUUUUAAUUAGUCUUCCAAACUUGUGUUUUUUUCCUCUCCCUAUUCUGGUUUUAGCUGGAAAAUAAAGAUAAAGAUUUUCACUUUAAAAAUAAAAUUCUUUUGUAAUUAUUUUUCAUAAUAUAUGUAAGACUUGAAAAUUGUGUGUUACUCUUUCAUAAAUAAACUGUUAAAUUAAUUGGUCUCAGAUCCCACUAGAUCAUUUUCCCAUGACAUUUUAUUAACAGGAUAUAGAAUAAACUUUUUUUUCUUUUACUGUUGAAAGUCGCUUUUUUUUUUUUCAAACAAAAUGUCACUGUCACCUCAGAGAAGAUAUGAAAAUGUUAUCAAUAAAUUCAAGUCUUGUUUACGUUAAA